GGAAUUUGAUGUCAACAAGGCGGAAAAAAUGCUGCGGGAGGACAUGAAAUGGCGGGUAGAUAGAAACAUCGGAUCCAUCACGAAGACGUACAAGAGUUCGGAAGUGGUGCGGCGGUACUUCCCGGGCGGCCUGUUCAAUCACGAUCGGGGUGGCCGGCCCGUCUGGAUCCUGCCCUUCGGAGACGGUGACUUCAAAGGAAUGCUUCAGUGCGUGCCCCAGGAACAGCUUGUCGAUGAGGUGGUGUACACGCUCGAGAGGAUUCAAGAGGAGAAGCAGAAGCAGGUUGAAAAGUUGGGGCAGAUCGAGGACUCAGUGACCAUGGUGUUCGACUAUGACCACCUUUCCCUCCGGCAAGUGUACAGCUUGCAAGUGAUCAGCUAUUUACGGGCUCUGAUGGGGCUUUACGAGAACCACUACCCUGAGACUCUGCACCGAGCACUAAUAAUCAACGUACCCAGCUUCUUUCCGCUCUUUUGGAGGCUCAUCAGUCCCUUCCUGACGCAGAGAACGGUCAACAAGGUGCUCAUAUAUGCCAGAGAGGGCUGGCAAUCGGCGCUUUUCGAGUGCGUGGACCCCAACCAGCUGCCAGCGUACUGGGGAGGAACGCUUCGCGGUGCAGACGGCGACCCCAAGUGCUCAGACACGAUUCGUCCCGGAGGCGAGGUCCCGAGCGAGCUGUACACGGUGCACAGCCCGGGUCUGUGGUCCGAGCCCGGUGCUAAGCGGUGCAGCCUGGCCCGGGGUGCCGUUCUAACGGUGCCCGUCGUCGUGGAGCGAGCAGGCGCCGUCCUCGACUGGCGCUUCCAGAGCAAGUCGCACGACCUGUGCUUCGGGCUGACGCUCCAGAACGGCGGCCAGUCGAGCAGCGAGCUACUGCCCGCGAGGAGGGUCAAGUGCAACCAGGUUCCCGAAAGCGGCCAGCUCGAGUGCCAGGAGCCGGGAACAUACAUCUUCAAGUUCGACAAUAGGCACAGCUGGUUUACGAAGAAAGAUUUCUGCUACAUCGUCGGGGUCAAGGACCAGGAACCAACACCGAACGGCGGAUCCUCGGAGGUCUCUCAUUGAAUGUGCGCGCACAGUGAGAGAAGUGGAGCCGGCGUGGACUGUCUCGUAGCCUACGAGCGUCCGGGACGAGAGACACCACUCGAGUGAGCCACGGAUGACCGCGGGAGGAAAAGUGCGACAGGAUCGUUUCUGCGAGUGCGGUGAACCUACAGCCGCCCGUCACACUGCUCGUGUACAUCGUACAAACGACGCGGUGUUCGCUGGAGACACGAUGACAUUUGCACGCACGCCUCGCGCAUGUUCGAAACAAGUCUGGUUUAUACACAUGUGUGCUCCGAACACGUCUGCGGAAAGUCUUAGUAUCACUAUGGUGCCUGGAACGCGUCUCCAACCGGCGUGUUUACCGCGUCCAAAAAGUGGUCCCUCGAUUUCCUUCCGAUGACGUAAUAGAAGUGUCAAUCUGUCGCCAGUUGCGACCCUGGCGGCGUCACGGCAACGUAGUGGUGGAUGUGGCAGACGCCUGCCCUGCCGCAGGUCAUUCUCCAGCUUGAAAGGCCGCGGAAGCUACGGCUGUCAUAAGUUGGGACGCCGUGACGACAGCGACACUCGCGUUCGCUUGUGCUACUCGCAGCUUUUCUUCAGCAUUUCUACGAUCGACCGCCAGGAUCGUGACAUUUAGCAGGUUGACACUUCGGCUUCUGUGACUUCAGUUGUUGCCACUUCGGGCCACUUGAUGUAUGGGCAGCAUAGGACGCUAAACACACCAGUCGAAGACGCGCUUCAAGCACCAUAGUUUCACCGAUGUGGCAGAACCAUAACACCACACCUCCGACAGCAUAUGCAGAUUUUUUGCACGAUGCAUUAGCAGUGUGAUAUCGACUCAAUGGUGAUAUCCCUAUGUAUUUUAGAUACGCAUGCGCUAGUUGUACACGCAUGACCGGGUCAUUUGACUAUCGCCACCGACAGGUUAAGAAAAGCAGGGCGGGACUGGUUAGGUUUGCGCUUCUUGCUCUGAUUGGAUCUUCGACGUUUUUUAACGACAGACGAGAACACUAAGUCUAUUGUACGAAGCGAGAGGAGCAGCAAAUAAAAACGUAACACGAGC